UACACACCAAAAAUUGUUGCGUCUAAUUCAAGUUUCAAGCUUGAACGAAUCACCACAUCAUGGGUAGUAAUAAUCUGCAGGAUUGAGGGGUUCCAUCUCAAUACAUCACUUCUCUUUCGUCUAAGCUGAUCCGAACACCCCAGUUAGAGUUCCGCUUUCUGCGUCGUCGUUUUCAACGCCAUUGCCUCCUUUCUCCAAUUCCAAGCUAAAGGUAUGAUGAAAGAAAAUUCCAAGGGCAAAUUUGGAUCUUCUUCUCACCAAUCCAUGAAGGAGAAGGAAAAGCACCUGGUUGAUAAAAUUCAAGGGAUUUUCACCAAUCUUCAGUCUGCUAGAAAGGAAAGCAGGGCUAAUGACAUUGUGAUCUUUGAGGAGCAGAUGCAUCAGUUGCUUCGGGAGUGGAAAGCGGAACUAGAGUCUCCAGCCAAUUCCUUAGCUGAUGGAAGCCUUGAUUCGUUCACUGGGGAACUAGCCCAACUUUUGCAUGUAAUUGAGGAGAAAGAUGAUGCAACUAGUCCUUUAACAAAACUUGCGCCAUCGAAGACUGAGCACCAUCAAAAUAAAAUUGAUGAUAACAAUUAUGCAUUUUUUCAGGAGAAGUGUUUUGAUGAUAAUCAACCACUAGAUCAUACUUUUGGAGGCUCUGCUUCAACUCUGUACAACAACGCUUUUAAUAACUCAGAUAUAACUCAGUUGCAUUAUCAUCCAUUCAGUUUAAAUCAAGGCUUGGAUCACAACACAGUAGGUCACAACUCUGAUUUGAUUGGUCAAUUUAAUUUAUACCAGGACCUUGGGCACAACGCAGAAAUAAAAAACGCAGAGUCAACUCAAUUUAGUUUUGAAGAAGGCUUUGAUUGUAGCCAAUUUUUUGGAGAUGACACCAUGAACUGUGGAGAUAAUGGUAUACCUAACAUUCUUCCAAGUAUCUGCCCUCCACCUUCUGCUUUUUUAGCCCCAAAAUGUGCACUAUGGGACUGUUUCAGACCUGCUCAAGGGUUAGAAUGGUGCCAGGACUACUGCAGUAGUUGUCAUGAGCUUUUGGCAAAUAAUGAGGGUCUUCCUGGCAUGAAUCCGAUUUUGCGACCCGGGGGCAUUGGUGUAAAAGACGAUCCUUUGUUUGCUGCUGUUCUUGCAAAGACAAAGGGAAAGGAAGUGGGUAUCCCUAAAUGUGAAGGCGCUGCUUCAACUAAAUCCCCUUGGAAUGCUCCAGAGUUAUUUGAUCUUUCUUUUCUUGAGGGAGAGACUAUUAGGGAGUGGCUCUUCUUUGACAAGCCUAGAAGGGCAUUUGAAAGUGGAAAUAGAAAACAGAGAUCACUUCCUGAUUACAGUGGACGUGGUUGGCAUGAAUCAAGGAAGCAAGUGAUGAAGGAACAUGGGGGACAAAAGAGGUCCUAUUACAUGGACCCCCAGCCUCUUAGUUAUCUUGAGUGGCAUUUGUAUGAGUAUGAGAUCAAUAACCAUGAUGGUUGCGCAUUAUACAAACUAGAAUUAAAGCUUGUGGAUAAAAAGAAAAGUCCUAAAGGAAAAGUGACUAGGGAAUCUCUUACUGAUUUACAGAACAAGAUGGGAAAGCUAACUGCUGCUGUUCCAUCAUCAGAUGAUGGACAUCCUGUUCAGGUAAAAACAAACCCCAAGUCUGAGAAUGUUGGAUCUCCUGAAAAUUAAAUGAAUACUCCGUGGGGUGAUUUUGCCAAAUUACUAACCAACUUGUACAUAUUUGAGGAUGGUGGUUCACAGCAUGUAGAAAUUUCUAAAUUCCCUGGACAAGGUAACAACAGUUUCUUGUUGUAGGUGCUAAAAUUCUUGUGUGCUUACUUUAUUGUUAUUCCACUUUUGGAUAUUAGUAUUGUAUGGAGUCUGCUGAUUA